AUGAAGCGCCCAAUUACACCAGCAUCUGAGGCGGCACUUUUGGGACUAUACAGGCUAUGUGCACUCCCCAACGACUACAUAUGUGCCGCAAGGCAGAAUAUCUUGGAACCUGCACAAUUUUCCGAUGUUUUCUUUCAGAAGCUUAUCAAGCAAAACAACAUAAUCUUCAAGUCGACUAACCUCGCUGGGAAGGAGGAACAACUUUUAGAGCUGAGAGUCGAUGGCUUUGAACAUCUUCAAGAUCCACCUAAAAGAUUUGGCGAUGAGGGCAAGAAUAUCUUGAUACAUGGAGGCGAACUACCUCGAUUCGAUUUUAUACUUGGCUACACUUUUAUUCAAGUUUCGAUUUCUAAUUUUCAAAAACACAACGAGGGCACUGCAGCAAUUGAUUUGGCAUUUACAGAUCGGAAAUAUUCUAAUGGCAGAAACCAAAUCGAGUAUUUCCUAGACUACACAUACGGCGGAACUCACAGAGCAGAAAUGGAAAUAACAGAGGUGACCAAAAAGACCCAAGCUAAGAAUACUGGCGAAGGAAAAUCAGUAAUCGAUAAAAGGGACUUCAAAGUAACGAGAGAUGGUGUGCUGUGUCCGGACUUUAUGAUUUUGUAUAUUCGCGGGAAAAAUGACUUUGAUGACAAAGGCAACGAAGUACAUAGACCCAAUCACACUGGUGGCUUUCGUGCCAACGGGAACUCUGGCCUCCCGUUCCCUCUCCCAGAGCUGCCAGGUGACUGUGUUCAUUGUACAACGUUGCCCAAAGAUGUCGGAAUCAGUGCUAAGCUUGAAGAAAUCCUUACGAUCAUGAUGGACGCCACCUACACCAAGACCACGACCAGUAUAGAAGCGUCAAAGUCAUUCCCCAAGGAUCUCGAGCCCAAGAUCGCGGCUAAUAAUCCCGUUAAUCCUAUCGAACCCAUGUUGUCUGCUCAGCACAAAAUUUCAAUAGCGUCCUUGACAAGGCGCGCUCUACCAGCGCCAGUACUUGAAGAGAUGCUGUCAUCGAUGAUCCUGGAUAUGUUGAAUGGGUCUACUAUGAACAAGCCGUCAAGAGCGAUGCAUGCCAAAAGUGUAUUGCCUACGCUGCAGACUGUUGCCGACCUGUUGAAGGACAAUGAGUACGGAGACGACAAAUAA